GAUCUCCGUCAUCAGGUCGCGCCUCGUGUCAUUUUCAAUUUGUCAUGCAGCUAUGUACGCUGCUUCUGCUGCCCGUCCUCGUGAUGGCGCACCUACCACCUUGCACCCAGCGCAAUCGGGACGAAGUGCUCUCGGCUGUCUCGCAAACGGCCUUGAGCACAUCGUGCGCGACCGAUGCGGGCGUAUCGAUGGCCGACUUAUUGGCCUUUGGGGCGUACACGCCAGCACAAGUGACGGCGGUGACGACCAGCCCACGCUGCAAGGAGCUUUUUGCGUAUGCCCAAGCCGUUGCUAGCCAGCAGGCGUGCGCGGAAGCGGCGUCCAUCAAGGAGGUGUCGUGGUCCAUGGUCACCGAGGUCGCUCGGGUUGCCACGUACCCGCGGGUUGCGACACAGUGUCCACCAUUAGUGUUGCGGGACGCGCUCCAGUCGCUUGUUGCCAGCGCCUACUUGGCACCUUGCUUGGAAGCGGCCGACGUGAGCGUGUUGACAACGACACUUCCGACGCAAGCGCAAUGGGACCGGCUGCGAGCGACGACGGCGUGCCGCGACUGGUUCCUCGAGGCUGACGCCGCGCUGUAUCGUCUGCCACACUGCGCGAUUGACGCGUCCGGCGUCGACAUUCACGCCUUGCGCCAGCUCUCCUUUGACACGUACGUCGACGUCUUGCAGUUCGUGUCCAACGUGUUUCGGAAGACAGCAACGACGCAGUUGCUGCAGUUGGCAGCGCGCUUAGCGGCACCGUCGACCGUCCGGCGUCCCGUGCUCAUCGGUGUAGCACUUACGGGCGCCUUCUUGGUGGCGCUUGUGGCCCUUAUUGUCUAUCGCAAGGUGACGGCGCCGCGUCACGGCUACGAACACGUCGAUAUGAUCGUCGACCCUUGAUCGUCGUCGCAACGUCGGGUGUCCCACUUAGUAUGUUAUUUUAACAAAUUACUCUUCCAAAGUGUCUCCAACUUCAA